CGUUUCAAGAGCCAAGACUACAUCUCUUCAUCUUCAACCUCAAGAAUUUAUCUUCAGCAUGGCAGAACGUAUCAUCACCAUCUCUCCCUUGACUAACAAACCCGUACUUGAGCGUCUUGGGCCUAGUCCUACAGAACUUGCCGCCAUACCUGAGACCUCGACCAACGCCUUCAAGUCCUUCCGCCAAACUCAUCCUCUUCUCAGUCAACGCCAAGCGAUCGUAACCAAAGCACUUUCACUUCUAUCUGAAAGGAAAGACAGACUUGCGCAUGAUCUGACCGAGCAAAUGGGUCGUCCCAUUGCCUACACCGCCAAGGAGGUUGCUACUGCCAUCAUUCGUGGUGAAUAUCUGGUUCGAAUAAGUCAGGAUGCGCUUGCGGAUACGCCUGGGGAGCCUGAAGCUGGAUUUCGAAGGUACAUACGAAAAGAACCUUUAGGUCCUGUAUUGAUUGUGUUUGCUUGGAACUACCCUUAUCUUAUUCUCGUCAAUGCUCUCAUCCCCGCAAUCCUGGCAGGCAAUAGCGUGAUUCUUAAAGCUUCUCCCCAGACACCGACUAUCUCUGAGCACAUCCAAGCGGUCUUUCUCGAGGCUGGCCUACCACCGGAUGUCAUCACCUUUUUUCACGCGGGCUCGAUCGAACCUAUUCAGGCUAUAGUGAAGUCACCGCUGGUGAAAUUGAUUUGUUUCACUGGAUCCCUGGCUGGAGGACUAGCCAUCCAAGCUUCUGCUGCAUCUCGUAUUGUUCCCAUCGGGCUGGAGCUAGGCGGUAAGGACGCAGCAUACGUCCGAUCAGAUGCCGAUGUGAAAUGGGCAGCUGAGGAAAUUGUUGACGGCGCUAUCUUCAAUUCCGGUCAAUCCUGUUGCUCUAUCGAAAGAGUCUAUGUACACUCCGAUAUUUACAAACCCUUUGUGGAGGCAGUCCAGGCUGUUUUGAGCAAAUACAAAUUAGGAGACCCUUUCGACCCAUCCACUCAGCUUGGUCCCGUGAUUAGUCGACAAAGCAAGAAGACGAUUGAGGCCCAUAUCAGCGAAGCCUUAGCGUCCGGUGCAUCUGACGUCACUCCUGAGAAUGCCACAUUCUCGACGACACCUUCUGACGGUAACUUUGUGAAACCGACUCUUCUAACCGGGGUGACGCAUGACAUGCGAGUGAUGAGCGAAGAAACUUUUGGUCCGGUCAUCCCAGUUAUGUCAGUGACUGAUGAUACUCAAGCGAUCAAUUUGAUAAAUGAUAGCGAAUUCGGACUCACAGCUAGCUUAUGGUCCAAGGACGUCAAAUUGGCCGAGACUCUAGCUGAACAAAUUGAAGCUGGUACUGUAUUUGUCAAUCGCUGCGAUUACCCUUCGCCUGAUCUUGCUUGGACUGGUUGGAAAAACUCUGGUAGAGGGGUCACUCUUAGCAAGUUUGGGUUUGAACAAUUUGUCCGACUCAAAAGCUUUCAUGUCAAAGAUUAUCCACUUUGACUCUUCCACUCUGUACAAGUUUUUUGAAUCUCCUUGUUGAAGUCUACAUCCUGAUGAUAUUAUGUAAGAAAUGAAAAGAACCUACGGCCUUUCUCCAA